ACGUCACCGGCGCGCCGCCCCGCCCACCUCCCCGGCCUCCUCAGCCCGCAGCGCAGCUCCGCGGACCCUUGCCCGCCGCCAAAAUGUCUGCAGGUGUGCCUGCAGGUUCCAGUGCUGCCACUGGCAGUAAUCGGAGAAUUCAGCAGACACAAAAUCAAGUAGAUGAGGUUGUGGACAUAAUGAGAGUCAACGUGGACAAGGUGCUAGAAAGAGACCAGAAGCUCUCUGAGCUGGACGACCGUGCAGAUGCGUUGCAGGCAGGAGCUUCUCAAUUUGAGACAAGUGCUGCCAAGUUGAAGAGAAAAUAUUGGUGGAAGAAUUGCAAGAUGUGGGCAAUAGGGAUCAGCGUUCUGGUCAUUAUCGUCAUCAUCAUCAUUGUAUGGAGCGUCUCUUAAUGAAGAACAGGUGGAACUCAACCCUGCUGUCCAGGAAACCUCUUCAAGACUUUCGACUUAGAACCUGCUACAUUAUCCAGCUUACCUACUGUUAUUUCCAAAAUGAUUAUUUUUGUUAGUUCAUGUAAAGUUUGGUUUCUAGGCUAUGUGCCUUGUUUUUUAAUAUGCACUCCAAACUAGAGGGCCAGCUUGCCCCCGUUUUGCACAGUGCCUUUACAGAUUUACCUAUGAGCAACAGAGGACAUCUGGACUCCAGAGUACUGUAUCUAGACUUAACGUUGUCACUAAUUCAUUGCCAUUGAUUCCAGUUAAGGGAAUCCAUUCCAAGUUCUUUCUCCUGUCAUUUGACAUUAUCUUCAGAGCCACAUUUUAAACCUUUGGGUAAUCAGAUUUCCAACUUGUGCCUUCCAGGAAAAACACUACUGCCUAAUACUGAUCUGUGACAAUAACAGGCUGUGCCUUAUUUUGAUCCUUUUCUGGUUCCUUGUAAGCCGUCUUCUUUUUGUAAGCAGUACUGACUCUUGCUAUAUUUAAAAUAAGAUGCUGGUAAAGAAUUUUUGCUCUUUCAUUAGAUAUGAAGAUGUUUACUUUCUUGUUAUUGUUAUAUAUAUAUCACUUGCUAAAAUAUUAAUUAGAAAUAACCCCUUUGAAAAGUUUUUUAGAACUAUGAACAUGACCAAAGUUCCUAGUUUGCCAAAAAGUUAAAUAUGAAUAAAUUUUCCUUAAGUCUGUCCCUGACAGAUAAAUUCAGAAAAGUGCCAAAUGGAAUUCAAGGUGUCCUUCAAAAGGAGAAUGGUAAUGUUGUGUGUGGACCUUCCACACCCUGAGCACUGCUUUGUCUCUGAAACGCUGUAGAUGGCGCCCAUCCCUUCUGCUUCGGCCUUUUGCAGUGGGGCCUUUUGCAGUGGGGUUGAGAGGGGAGCGAGGCUCUCAUUGUUUCAUCUCACACUUGUAAACAAAGAGUUUUCCCAGCUUCUUGCAAACCAUCAGCUGUGGGCUCCAUUGUCUUUCUAAUAAUUACUUGAGCAACAGUUUUAUAGCGCUUUAAGUAAGAACACCUGUGCAGUUGAUCAUUACCUAAUCCAGUCCUCAGAGGUGAUAGUUUUUUGAAGUUUGUUUCCUAUUUUUAUUCAUAUUCUGCUUCUUAAAUCAGUCUUCUAAAUUAUGGUUGUGAUGAGGCAUUGGUUAGCGGUGGGUGACUCUUCACAGAGGAUAGCUAGCCGAGAUGCCUGCUUUCUUCAGUGACAAACUGCAUAGGAUGCUGCUGUGGAAAUAGCUAUUCUCAUCUGAGAGACUUUUUGUUACAUACAUUAGACUUAACAUGAGGUUAUGUGGCUUAAAGGUGGGAAUUCCAGUGUGAAUGAAAGCAGGUUAGGAGGCACUGAGAGAGAAAAACACAUGGGCUUUUGGCCCACUAUUACUAGAAUGUUCUAAAACGCUUGUUUACAUGCUAGUAUGACUUUACAAAGCAGCAACAGCUGAGCUGCACCAGGAACUGGUUCCAUUUCUUUGGUAUCUGUUUCCCUGAUAUCACUGAGAUGAUUUAAUGUUGGAGACAUGCCUUGCAGUAUGCCCAGCCGUGAGAAAGCAGCUGUUGGUUUAGAGACAUCUGCACACCCUCAGCACAGGGUCCCUGGCUGGGUCUGACUCUGAAUCCUUGGUGCUCACCCCUCAGCCUUAAUACGCAGUCCCACGUAACCCACUGGCUCCGGCAUUAACCUAGGAAUACCUUGCUUGUAUCCGUGCAUUUAGAUGGGAACUCACGCGCUAUAAUGACCUGAAUAAAGUGUUUAUAAAUAUGA